AUGCCAUCUUGGAUUGCAGACCAGUGGAAAAACUUAGAUUCCAGGGAGAAUCUUCGAUUGUGCUUACUGGAAGCUAUCAAAGACAUCGGCGUCCAGAGUGAUGCUGAGACUCGGAAGAAGGUCAAGGCAAGAUUCGUGACCAGAGUCACGAUACGUUCGAAGGAAACCACGCAGGAGAUCAAGGGGGCCUGGUGCACGGAGCAGAAACUCCGGGUGGAAAUGAAAUACUCGAGGCUCCUGGUCAUUCCAUUAGUCAAGACCACACUUCCUUCUUUCGUGUCCAACGGCAAUGGUAUAUCUCAUGCUAUAGCAGCUGAGGCAGCUGAUUCAGAAGAUAAUCUCGUACUGCCGCCGCUUUCCAAAGCUGCUCGUGAGGUGCAAAGCAUCACGGAGCCUUGGAAAUAUGACCCGGACGUUGAAGAGUACUUCGUUGAGAUUUCUGAUACGCAGACCUUGCGCCAAAGCGAGCUGGAACAGCUUCAACAAGAGGAGGCUCUGGAUGAGGAGGCUGCUGACAAAGCCAUGGAGGAUAUGAAAUCUGACUCCGUGGUACCCUUGUCUUUCCGAGCUGCUAAUUGCCGUGGGCCUGUUGGGAGCUACAAAGAAACCAAUCAAGAGGUUGUGGACGAUGUGAAGAAGUUUAUGGCUGCGAUUAGUGCCAAACAUGCAACACUGGCGUCUUGGUUGACCCAGCUCGACGGCCCCACGGUCGAGCGGGUGGAAAAGUUCCGAGAUCAGUUGGUUGAUAUCAACAAAUCGUUGGAUGAAUGCAAUGAAGAAAUGGCUGAUCAUUUGCUUUCUGCGGAGAUGGAUGACUGCCCAAAAGAUCAGCUGCUGGAGAAGAUCGCCGCCACGAAAGCCAAAGCACGUGCACCGUGUGCCAAGCUGACUGCGAAAGAGAACAGCUUCAAGUGCGAAGCUUACAGUCGCCAAUCGGUCUGCUUAAAGCAGAUUUGCAAAGCGAUGACUUUGCUGGGGGUGGCAGUCUUUUCUGCCGUGCACAUGACAGUCUGCUUCAGUUCCGUGCCAACCGUCCAGGCAGCAUCGGGCGCAAUCUCGCUGAUCAAAUCGGCCCGGGACGCUUACCGCACUGUCUUCAAGCAUGAGCUGGGGCUGAAGGUCCGUAUCAGCAAGAGCAGCUGUGGGGGACAGCAAGUCGAAUGGAUUCGACCAUCAGACUACUUGAAAUUUAUGGACGAGAAAUCAAAGCUUGAGUUGGUUCUUGGGAAACCUACUUUGGCGGAAGCUGCACCAGCCCUGGAACACUUCUGGAAGCGCUACGAAGCAAUCAAUCCCUCACAUCAGGUGUUUGAGAGGGCCAGGCAGGGCCGCUUGGUUCUGUCCCAAACACUACCUUUCUACUUCCAUGCAGACGAAGGCCGAACCCUGAAGAAGAAACCGGUCUUUAUUAUCCAAUGGCAGCCAUGCUGCGGCAAAGGAGUGGGUCGAAAGAACGAUCCUGCCGUCAUCAAGGCUCGGCUUGAAGAGCUUGAGCUGCAGCCGAACUUUAAGGGGCACUCUUUCGUGACCCGGUUCUUGGCUGGCUUGCUGAUGGGUUCGAGCUAUGCUGACAAGCCUGAAGUUCUGAGCGAUCUGAUCGAACAUAUUUGUUUGGAUAUGCAAGACCUCGGCGACAAUGGUAUUGAGCUUUCGCAGGGGCAUCUUUGGUUGUGCCCGAUUGGCAACAAAGGCGAUUGGAGCUACCUAGUGCAGGUGGCUAAUUUGACGCGAUCAUAUCGGAAUGCCCCAAAGCGUGCCUCCUCCAAGGCGCCCAACAAGUGCAUCUGCCAUUGGUGCAUGGCUGGUGCACCAGCUUUUCCGUAUGAAGAUGUGUGCUCUGUACAGACUUAA